AAACGGAGCAAGUUGGAGCUAAAGCGGGUAGAGGGUUAGGGUUAGGGUUAGGGUUAGGGUUUUGGUGUUUGGGAGGAGGAGAAAAGAAAAGAAUAGAUGGCGAAAUUCAACGUAGUACAGAAGAGAAGGAGAGCUGCGUUAGCAGAGCAAAAGCGAGCCGUUCACGGUGACCCUUUAACGGCCAAGCUCAAGAAAAAGCCCCAACCCGUCUCAAUCUCCGGCAAGCGCAAGCGCAAGCUCUUCAAAAAAUGGCGGAGGGAGCAGAAGGAGUCUAUGGGGAAGGGUCUCAUCACUAUGCAAGAUAUUGAGAUGGCUGUUGCAGAAGGGACAUCUGAAGAUGCCAAUAAAGCUCCAGCGAAAUUUCACUUGAAGAAGAGUCUGAAGCUUAAAUUGAAAAAGAAGGGUAAGAACAAAAGAAAAUCCGGUACACCAGCUGCAGAAGCACCAGUUGAUGCCAUGGUAGAGUAAAUGGUGAGGAAACACCAUACUCUUGACAACAUGGUGUAACUAUUAGUGGUUUUCACAAAGUAGUACUGUCUGAUGGAUUUUCUUUGUGAUAUUUGGAGUUUGUGCAGAACUUCAUACUGUUUGUUACAUCUAUGCGUUAUGUGAUUUUAAUCAAGAUCUUUUAGAGUUAGCAAUGAACUUCAUAUUUUUUGUUA